AUGGCAAGGUCUGGAUCCAACUCCGGCAAUUCCCACGGUUCACGUGGUAACCGCGCCCCGCCCCGUGCCGGCACUCCUAACGGGACGGCGAGUCGCCAAACCAUGCCUGUGAGGACGACCGGCGACCUCAGGGACGUAAUCAACAGUCACCGUCAGGGCGGACCGGCUCCACCUCCUCUACCCCCAGCUCCGGGCUUUCAGGAGGGGAUGGUCGCACUUCGGCAAGCCACAACGGUGCUGACACAGAUCUUGGAUGGACUUCAGGGGAGCUUGGCGGCCCCACCACCCGGUCCGUCACGACGGGUGGGAGCUCCGAGCACCCGCCAUCCUCCAACCCCCGAACCUCGCAUGGAUGCGGAGGUCAACUCCCCACGACCUUCGGCAAGAAGGGGAGGGGACGAGGCCCCUAGAGGACGACCCACGCAACGUGAGACGGGCGGAGCCCGGCCGGUUCGAGCUACCAAGUCCGCGCUCGGGCGGUUGGGCACGCGGGUCCCGGUUCGUGAACGCCUCGACUUUGGGCCUCACCACGAGGUGCCCGUCGAGGGAUCGGCGUUGCGUCGAGCCCCGAGCGCUGAGCCCCGCGCCGCGUCCCGGCAUGAGCAGGCCUCGCGGAUAGAGCGAUCUGGUGAAACUCGAGGCCGACCCUCGGGAUCUCCUCACAACGAAAUGGAACAGUUGCGCAGACGAUUGGACGAGCUCCAAAGAAGAUUGGAGAUAGGGGAAGGAGCACCGGUGCCGCAGGAGGCACUAACCUCACCCUUCACGGAGGACAUCAUGGCCCAGCCCCUGCCACGAGAUUUGCGCUGGCCGACCAUAAAACUUUAUUCAGGGUCGUCCGACCCUCGGGCUCACAUCAACAGGUACCGGGCGGCCAUCAUGAUGAUGGACGCCAGCGACGCCGUUAUGUGCCGAGGCUUCUUCGCGACCCUGGACGGCCAGGCUCAGGAUUGGUUCACGACCCUACCCGAGGGGUCUAUUUCAUCCUUUGCCGACUUCUCGGGGCGAUUUCUGUCACACUUUGCAGGCAAUAUCCCAAAGAAGAAACAAUUCGCGACCAUGUGCAAGUUGGAACAAGGGAGCACAGAGAGCCUGACCGACUACCUAGCUAAGUGGAAGAAGGAGGCGAGGUCAGUUGACAACUUCGACGAGAACGCGGCCGUGCCAAUCUUCACUAGCAAUGUCAGGUCAGGACCUUUUCAUCGUGACCUCGUCCAGAAUCCGCCAAAGACUUAUGCGGCAUUGCUGGACCGAGCAACGAGGUUCGCGGAGGCGGAGGAGGCCGAGCGGAAGAAGAAGGAAGAGGAGAGGGGGCGUCGAGACAAGGCCCCCCAGGAGGACCGCCGUGCUCCGAGGCCCCCGCGCCAAGGCCCACGGUUGGCCCCACUGCGUUGCCUCACGCCCCUGACACACCCGCUGGCCGCCAUCCUAGAGCAUGCCGAGGUCAUGGGUAUCGUGUCGUACCCGGCUGAGUGUUUGAAGAUCUCGCCCAACGCCGACCCCAACAAAUACUGUCGGUUCCACAGGCAGAUAGGGCACGACACGGAGGAAUGCAUGGUCCUCAAACGCCAGAUCGAGGAACUCAUUCAAAAGGGCUACCUUGGCCAAUACGUAAAACGACCCAGCCAGGGCAAAGCUCAAGGCCCAGGCAACGUUUGGAAAAAGAAGGGUGGUUCCGGGCCACCCGCUCCCGGGUCCCGCAAAAGGGAACUCGACCAACCCGCGGAGGAAGAGGAGAAGGAAUCGGAUGACUCCCACCCCCCCCAGAAGAAGCAAAUCCAUGUCAUAUUUGGGGGGCCGGAAGGGGGAGACACGCAAUCGGAGAGGAAGAAAUGGGCUCGAAGCCUUUACGUAGGGGAAGUCGUCCGUCAGCCACACGAAAAGAAGCCGAGGAGGGAUCCCAUUGUGUUCACGGACGAUGACCUCCCGGAGGGCCCCCUACCACACCGCGACGCAGUGGUAAUCAGGCUUGACAUUAACAACAUUAUCGUGCACCGAGUGCUGGUGGACACGGGGAGUUCGGUGAAUGUCAUGUACCAUGACACAUUCGCCAAGCUGGGCUUGUCGAGGAAGCAGUUGAUGCCGGUGCGGACCCCGUUGGCGGGGUUCACGGGGGAUUCCAUCGAGGCAGAAGGCUCCAUCAACCUGGAAGUGGAAAUAGGCGACCUACCACACGCCAAAAGGUGGGAGGUUGAGUUCGUGGUUGUGAGACUCGGGGGCGCGCACAACAUCAUCCUUGGCCGCCCAGCCUUGGAGGACCUCCGGUGUGUCAUAUCUAUGGAGCACCUGUGCCUGAAGUUCCCCACCCCCACCGGGGUCGGGACAGCGAGAGGAGAUCAGAAGGUCAGCCGGAGCUGUUACCUGAAAGCGUGUCGCCAAAUCGGUAGUAGGGACCUCCAGGUCCACACCAUCGCCGAGAAGGCACUACAAGGCGAGGAAAAUCGGCCCCGUGCCGAACCCAUAGUAGAGACGGAGGAUGUAGUGUUAGACCUCGGACGGCCUGAAAGGGUCGUGAAAGUCGGAACGGGACUGCCGGCCGAGCUACGGGGCCGGAUCAUAGAAGUCAUCCGCCGCUUCAAGGACGUGUUCGCCUGGGGCCCGGAGGACAUGCCGGGACUCAGUAGGGAAGUGAUCACACACAAGCUGGCGGUCGACCCAACGAUUAAGCCGGUACAACAGAAGAAAAGGUACCUCUCGGCGGAGAGACGGGAAUUUGUGAAAAAGGAGGUUAACACCCUCUUGGAGAUCGGGCACGUCAGGGAGGUCUUAUACCCUGGGUGGCUUGCGAAUGUGGUCCUCGCACCCAAACCGCCGACGUGGAGGAUGUGCGUGGACUACACGGACCUCAACAAGGCAUGCCCAAUGGACCCGUUCCCGCUCCCGAACAUCGACCAGCUGGUGGACGAGACAGCAGGCUGCGCGUUCAUGAGUUUUCUCGACGCAUUUCGCGGCUAUCACCAGAUUUUUAUGCACGAGGAGGACGAGGAAAAAACGGCUUUCACCACUCCUGAAGGUGUUUUGGACGAGGAAAAAACGGCUUUCACCACUCCUGAAGGUGUUUUUUGCUAUCGGGUGAUGGCCUUCGGGCUCAAGAACUCCGGGGCCACAUACACGAGAAUGGUCGCCAAAGUCUUUAAAAAGGUGCUCGGCCGGAACCUACAAGCCUACGUCGACGACAUGAUAGUGAAGAGCUCGGAGACCGACCUCCACACGGAGGACUUAACAGAGGUAUUUUCAAUUAUGCGCCAGUUCGAUUUACGCCUAAACCCCAAAAAGUGCACCUUCGGGGUACAUGGGGGGAAGUUCUUGGGGUACAUGGUCUCCAAGAGGGGCAUAGAGCCCAACCCCGACAAGGUGAAGGCCAUACUGGAGAUGGAGCCCCCGAGGUCCCUCCGCGAGGUCCAGCGCCUCAAUGGUCGCUUGGCCGCCCUCGGACGCUUCCUUUCGAGGUCGGCCGAGAAGUCCUUACCUUUCUUCGGGGUUCUCAAGAAGAGUAGCGGUUUUGAGUGGUCGGCCGAGUGUCAGAAGGCCUUCGACGACCUCAAGGCCUACUUGAUGUCCUUGCCUCCCCUGGCUAAGCCAGAGAAAGGGGAAGUCUUAUAUUUGUACUUGGGUAUCUCGCAAGCCGCGAUCAGUUCCGUGCUGGUCCGGGAUGAUGCGGGAGUACAAAGACCCGUGUAUUACGUGAGCAGGGCCCUACGGGGGGCAGAGCUCCGAUACUCUCCAACAGAGAAGGCCAUAUUCGCUGUCGACGCCACAGCAAAAAAGUUAAACCAUUAUUUUCAGGCUCACCCAGUGCACGUACUCACGAACCUACCGCUGGAGGCGGUGCUAAGGCGCGCAGGGUCGGCAAGCCGACUCGUGAAGUGGUCUAUGAGGCUCAGCCAAUUUGACAUCCAUUUCAAGCCUAGACCAACCAUCAAGGGGCAGGCCCUCGCAGACUUCAUAGUCGAGUGCACUGCCCGCGACGCCACAGAGCAGGCAAGGAACGCGGAGGAAGAGUGGUGGACCCUAUCAACUGACGGGUCCUCGAGUAGCAAGGCAUGUGGAGGAGGGGUCGUCUUGGUAACCCCGGAAGGCUUCCGGGCGUAUUACGCCCUCCGUUUCCAUUUUAAAUUAUCAAACAACGAAGCCGAGUAUGAGGCGCUGCUGUGCGGACUCCAACUCGCAGUGAGCAUGAAGGUCGAAAAGCUGAAAAUUCGGUGCGACUCCAGGCUCGUGGUCGGCCAAGUGUCCGGCGAGUUCGAAGCGAACGAGGAGAGGAUGAUCCGGUACCGCGACGUGGUGCUCCGAGUCUUGGGGCAGAUCGCCCAACACGAAAUUUUGCAAAUACCAAGAGAGCAAAACGCAGAAGCUGAUACGCUCUCCAAGCUCAGCCAGGCCACCCCAGAAUACAUCUCGAAAAUUGCAAGGAUAGAGGACCUCCAUAAGUCCAGCUUGGAGGCAUAUCCGGUCAUGCCCGUGCAAAGCCGUCCGCCCUGUUGGUUGGACCAUCUCGUGCAGUACAAGAGGACGGGCACCCUACCCCCGGAUGAGGUCGACGCUAAGGCAGCCAAGAGACGCGCCCCGACAUACGAGCUUAUCGGGGACAUCCUAUACAAGAGGUCCUAUAACGGGGCGUUGCUAAGGUGUUUAUACCCAGAUGAAGCCCGGGCUCUCAUCGAGGAGAUUCACGAAGGAACUUGCGCAGCCCAUCAGGGAGCUUAUACCAUGGCUCGGAGAGCCAUACUUCAAGGCUACUUCUGGCCGGGGAUGGCGAAGGAAUGUGCGGAUUACGCACGGAGCUGCCCGACUUGCCAACAAUUCCAGACCGGCCCGGGCCGACCCGCCACCAACUACACUCCGAUUAGCUCUGUCAUACCAUUCUCAAGGUGGGGCAUCGAUAUUGUAGGAGCCCUGCCCAUGGGCUCGGGCAAGCGAAAAUAUGUCAUCGUCGCGGUGGAUUAUUUCACGAAGUGGGUGGAGGCCGAACCCCUAGCAAGCAUUACCAGCGUCCGGUGCAAAGAGUUCAUAUACUCCAACAUACUAUGCCGUUUCGGGGUGCCAAUGCAAAUCAUUUCCGAUAACGGUCGCCAGUUCGAGGGAAAGGAGUUCAAGUUGUUCUGCCAGGAGUGGCGCAUCACCCACACCCAAGUCUCCGUGGCCUACCCCCAAGCGAACGGCCAGGUGGAGAAUGCCAACCGCACGAUAGUAGACGGGUUGAAGAAGACCCUGGAGGCGGCGGGAGGAGCGUGGGUCGAGAACCUAGAGGCGGUCCUUUGGGCGUAUCGCACCACGCCACGAAAAGCAACAGGCGAGACCCCAUUCGCGCUGUGCUACGGAUUCGAAGCUAGAGCUUCGGCAGAGGCUAUCAUUCCGACGCGACGAAGUGAGGAAUACGAUCCCGAACGCAACGAGGAGCACCACCGGGCUGACCUCCACCUGAUAGACGAGAAACGCGAAGCAGCCAUGGUGCGCGCGGAAAACUACCAAAGACAGGCUAAGGCAUACCAUGACAAAAGAGCACAGCCCCGAUACUUCCAAGUCGGCGAUUACGUGCUAAGGCGCCGCGAAGCCAGCAAGCCCCUAGACGGUGGCAAGUUAGCCAAGCGCUGGGAAGGACCUUACAUAGUUUCAGCCGUGGUCCGCCCCGGCAGUUACAAGCUGAGGACGCCGAAGGGCAAAGAAGUAGAAAGGGUCUGGAAUUCAGAACAUUUAGUUAAGUACUUCCAGUAA